CCGGUUAGUAUUCUGAUACGACCGUAGUGAAAUUUCCCAAGAAAGCACUCCAAAGUCCAAAGUUCAAAGGUUUUGGGCUUUUUUUAAGGCAGUCGAGCCCAAGCGUAACCCAAUUAUAGGUCGGUUCACGAAUUUCCACACACACCCAACUCAAAGCUAGCCCCUACCUCGACUCCUUUUGGGUGCUUUCUUUUUCUUAAAAUGCCCAAAACCCUAAGCAUAUUCUUCCCGUCUCAGUCUAACCGACCUAGCCCCAGGCAUCAUCUAACUCGCCUCUUUACAGAAAAUCUCUGAACUGUUCCAAAGGGUUACUGUUCUGUUCGGCUUCAGGGUUUCCGGCGCUAUCGAUUUUAUAAGCUUCAAUCUGAAGCCAUGGGAAAAGCAAAAAAGGCCCCAAAAUUUGCUGGCAUGAAGAAGAUAGUCACUCAAAAAGCUAUUAAAAAUUACAAGGAACAAGUUUUGAAUCCUAAAAAGAAAGACCCGAGCAAGGAAAAACUCCCCAGAAAUGUGCCAAAUGUUUCUUCAGCGCUUUUCUUCACGUACAACACCUCCUUGGGACCGCCUUAUCGGGUUUUGGUUGAUACCAACUUCAUCAAUUUCUCCAUUCAAAACAAAUUGGAUCUGGAGAAGGGAAUGAUGGACUGCUUAUAUGCAAAAUGUACUCCUUGUAUCACGGAUUGUGUUAUGGCAGAGCUUGAAAAGUUAGGCCAAAAAUACCGUGUUGCUCUGAGGAUUGCUAAGGAUCCUCGAUUUGAAAGACUGCCAUGCGUUCAUAAAGGAACCUAUGCUGAUGACUGUAUUGUUGAAAGAGUUACACAGCACAAAUGCUUUAUUGUUGCUACAUGUGAUCGAGAUCUGAAGCGAAGGAUUCGCAAGGUUCCUGGUGUGCCAAUCAUGUAUAUCACUCAGCAUAAGUAUUCAAUUGAGCGACUUCCUGAAGCAACCAUUGGUGGAGCUCCUAGAUUCUGAUAUGCAAGUACGAUGUUUAAACAGCAGUGAUCUUUGGAUUCUAUUUUGAUAAGAGGAGGCAAGCCCCUUGAGAACGUAGCUUGAGAGUGUAGAUCGGUGAUAUAGCUAGGAAUUCACCUGCCCAACCAAUGUAAUACCUACUUAUAGUGUUGUUUUAUUACUCCUUUGCGGUUUAACACUUGCAGUGCGUGUCUUGAUCCUAAUGGGUGACAAUGCGAGGCCCAUUUGGCCGAAGUUUUGAUUCUUUUAGACUUGUCAAUACCUGAGUUGUUCCACCAUUUUAAAAGUAUUAUAUGCUGUGCUUGAUAAGCAGGAAUGGUCAUCCUGAAUGUACCUUUUCUAGUAGAAAUGUAUCGAGGUUUCUGCCAUGGUCGGAGUGAGGCAUUUAACUAGGAUAUUGCUCUUUUUCUCGAGUGUUUCUCUAAUGAUCGGACUCAAAGUGGGCGUGUAUUUCCCAUGCAUAGACACCAUCCCCGCACUAAUGGUUUAAGCUCACACAGAUUAGUUCCAUGGUAGAAAGAGAAGUUCUGGAAUAUAAUUUGAAAUUGAGCACAGAAAUUGGGAAAGGAAAACUAGUAUACAAUUGAGCCAUUCAUGAACAUCAAUGACAAGAUGGACGCCGAUAGCUACAUACAAAAAUAAUCACCUGUACACAAAUAAUGUAUCCUCUCUGACAAAUAAACCCUGGAAGGAAAAAAAAA